GUACCUUGCCCUAGAAAAACUACAGACUCCAAUUAACACUGACAUCAAGAAGUUACUCCUCUGCAGGGAGGCUUUUUGGAUCCACAAAUUGAAGACCUUAACCCCACAAGGCCUAAACGAUAGGCUAGAUCUCACCUGCUUCUUAUAAUGGGAUAAAAAAAAUACUUAAGUCUUUACAGAACUACUACUGAAUGCUCGCAACUUGAGGUAGAAUACUACAUGUAAGGAUCCUCCAAGGACAUGCUUGGUCUUGAGAGAAACCAGCAACAGAUGUAAAACACACUGACUAAGGGCACAGACAAAGGGCAACAAUACGACUGUGACUUCUUUUACUCGCGUUGCGCAUGCGCGCCGGACCGCGUUGUGGACGCGCUAGUCACGUGACAUCCCGAAUUUCCAAUAUGGCUGCGCCCAUCAGCUGCUGCUAGUCCUUGCUUGCUGUCUUUGCGGCGUGGAGCUGAGUCCUGCCUACACAUGGACCGGGGAGAUUUCUUGGUCUCCUUGACGGCUGGUGGGUUGGCUGGAGUGUCAGUUGACUUGAUAUUGUUCCCUUUGGAUACAGUCAAGACGAGACUACAGAGCCCUCAAGGGUUUAAGAAGGCUGGUGGUUUCCAUGGCAUCUAUGCUGGUGUUCCCUCUGCUGCUGUAGGGUCUUUCCCAAAUGCUGCUGCCUUUUUUGUCACUUAUGAAUAUACAAAAGCUUUGCUCCAUACCGGUGGAUCUCCAUACUUAGGUCCGUUAACGCACAUGCUGGCUGCCUCCUUUGGGGAAGUUGUGGCUUGUCUAAUACGGGUUCCCUCUGAAGUCGUGAAACAGAGAGCACAAGUUUCUCCUUCCUCCAGUACCCUUCGGAUCCUUUCCAGCACUUUGUAUGAAGAGGGCAUUCUAGGACUCUACCGAGGCUAUAAAAGCACAGUAUUAAGAGAGAUCCCUUUCUCUCUUGUACAGUUUCCUCUGUGGGAGUUCUUAAAGGAUUUCUGGUCGUGGAAGCAAGAACACGUGGUCGAUUCUUGGCAGUCUGCAGUCUGUGGCGCUUUUGCAGGUGGAUUUGCAGCUGCAGUCACUACCCCUCUGGAUGUAGCCAAGACAAGAAUUAUGCUGGCAAAGACUGGCUCCAGAACUGCAAGUGGGAAUGUAUUAUCAGCUUUGCAUGGAGUGUGGAAGGCAGAAGGGAUAUCAGGGUUGUUUGCAGGCAUUGUCCCCCGAAUAUCUGCCAUCAGCCUUGGAGGCUUUAUCUUCCUUGGGAUGUAUGAUAAGAUCCGCCGAUUGCUUCUGUGAAUUGUUUUAGGGACUUGAAACAAACAGCUGAGAAACUGCUCUCCUCUCUCCCUGUUCCUGAAAGGGAGAAGAAAAGGAAGUUGUUCAUUUGCUUUCCCACAAAUCCCCCCCCUCCCACUCCCCUCCCCACAACCAUCCCACCUCCAUCCUGCCUCCUGUGGCUUCACAGCUGUUCAACAGCCUGGACUCUAUUCCCACUCCUUAAGCAAGAAAAAGAAACCCCUCAAUUCCGUUUCCCUAAUAUAAAAUUUCCAUGUAUGGAAACCCCUGUUCUAGCAGUGAGCUCAUUGGAAAGAGCGUGCCAAGAAAGGCAAAUUUUGGGGGGCGAGCGGCUGUUUUUAUGGGCUCCAGCCUUGUGCCUGAAAGGCAUCGUUAUUAGGACUCGUUUAGGGGGAAUGAUGUGCAAAUGAGAAGAACAUGGGCCCGGCAGCAUGGCAGGAGUUAAAGGAGCCUUCCUUCAUUCUGUGGCACCGGGAUCGUAGCCUCGAGGAGGCGGAGAAGAGGAGGACUGCCCUGCUUGCAUUUCCAAAGGCCGGGCCUGCUAUGCUCCAAGGGACAGGCGGAAGAGGCUCCGGUGUAGGUUUCUUUUUCAAAAAUGUCUACGUAAGGGGAAAGGGCCAUUUCUUUCUUGUCUGAGCCCCAUUUGGAAAGUUUAGACCACUGUUCAUACCUGCAGGUGCAUAGCAAGCAUUCUUGCUUGGAUAAGCAAGGCUGCCUUUUUUAAUUAGACUCAGAUUUCUCCAGUAAAAGUACAAUGUUGUAUUGUUUUACUCUCUGACAAUGUUGCCUAUAUGGGAAAAAAGCCCUGGUUUUCCUUUCCCCCCUUUCCCAUCCUUUGCUUCUAUAGCAGCCCUGCAUCACACACCAAGGGGGGAAAAGGGAGAUUUAGGGGAUGGGGGUAAUGAAAAAUGGAUCGGAGAAGGAUGCUUUUCCUCACUUGAAUGGAAAGACUGUGAAUCACAGUGCCUUGCGUCUCGGAUAGCAACAUUUACAACAGUAACAUUGCUCCUGGAUGAGUGAGUGGGUGGAUGGGUGCAUGAGGGGUGGUGGUAUCCUUUUUUGUUUUUGUUUCUUGCUGUGAUCUUCAGAGUAAUACAGCAAGUUUGUUUUUUAUGCUCUCCUUGAUAAACUGAUGUUGAAGCUUUUGGGAGAGUUUUAAAAAGUGGCGAGUUGCAGAACUCUGUUAGAAGAGAAAGGGUAUUCUGGUUCCCUGCUUGGUUUGAAUGAUCCCUUCCUCUAAUGCAAGGACGGAGGAUGACUGGCUCGACAGCAGUAUGUGUGGAAAAGACCUUGGAGUCCUCGAGGACAACAAGUUAAACAUGAGCCAACAAUAGCAUGCGGCAACUAAAAAAAGCCAAUGGGAUUUUGGCCUGCAUCAAUAGGAGUAUAGUGUCUAGAUCCAGGGAAGUCAUGCUACCCCUCUAUUCUGCCUUGGUCAGACUACACCUGGAAUAUUGUGUCCAAUUCUGGGCACCACAAUUGAAGGCAGAUGUUGACAAGCUGGAAUGUGUCCAGAAGAGGGCGACUAAAAUGAUCAAGGCUCUGGAGAAUAAGCCCUAUGAGGAGCGACUUAAAGAGCUGGGCAUGUUUAGCCUCCAGAAGAGAAGGCUGAGAGGAGACAUGUGAGCCAUGUAUAAAUAUGUGAGGGGAAAUCAUAGGGAGGAGGGAGCAAGGUUGUUUUCUUCUGCCCUGGAGACUAGGACAUGGAACAAUGGCUUCAAGCUACAGGAAAUGAGAUUCCACCUGAACAUUAGGAAGAACUUCCUCACUGUGAGAGCUGUUCGGCACUGGAACUCUGCCCUGGAGUGUGGUGGAGACUCCUUCUUUGGAAGCUUUUAAGCAGAGGCUGGAUGGCCAUCUGUCUGGGGUGCUUUGAAUGCGAUUUUCCUGCUUCUUGGAAAGGGGUUGGACUGGAUGGCCCAGGAGGUCUCUUCCAACUCUAUGAUUCUAAGUUAGUGAGCUUAUUCCAGGAAAGGGUAGGCUUCAGAGUAUCCUAUAUACUCAUAUAUGUCUAGAAAUUUUGGUCAAAAACCAACCCCAAAAACCUAGCUCAAUGUUUCUAUGGGUCAAUGUGACUACUGUUCCUUAACUCUUAGCAGGAAAGGAACCCUUCUCAGAAUAGAGUGGCAAAAGGGAAGAGGUUAGACUGUCCCAGGAGAACCUAAAAGAUGUACUGAUCUCCUCUACUUUUUCUGGUGUUUUGCCAUUUCUGUCCUUUUUGAAGCCCUAGGUGGGAAAAUGACAGCGGUGGCCAGGGCCCACUGACCUUCUUCCAGGUGUCAUAGAAUCAUAGAAUAGUAGAGUUGGAAGAGACCUCACAGGGCAUCCAGUCCAACCCCUGCCAAGAAGCAGGAAAAUCGCAUUCAAAUCAUCCCCGACAGAUGGCCAUCCAGCCUCUACUUAAAAGCCUCCAGUAAAGGAGCCUCCACCACAUUCCAGGGCAGAGUGCCAUUGCUGAACAUCUCUCACAGUUAGGAAGUCCUUCCUAAUGUUCAGGUGGAAUUUCCUUUCCUGUAGUUUGAAGCCAUUGUUCCGCAUCCUAGUCUCAAAGGCAGCAGAAAGCAAGCUUGCUCAAUCCUCCCUAUGACUUCCCCUCCCAUAUUUAUGAAUGGCUAUCAUGUCUUAUCUCGGCCUUCUCUUCUGCAGGCUAAACAUGGCCAGCUCUUUCAGCCAUUCCUUAUUGGUGCUUUCUCCUCUCUGCAGAAUGACAUGUCAAAGUCCAUAAUUUUGACCCUAAAACAUGCUCUUGACUUAUACAUGAAGUCAACCUAUCCAUGAGUUUCUGCAAUAAGUCAUGACCAUUUCAAGUCACAUCAAUAUUGGCUCUGUUUUGAACAUGGUCUUAUUAAGAGUGAGGUCCAGCAAGUUGAAAGGGGUGCAACUCCAAGCAGACAUCUCUUUAAGGUAGUGGUGUCAGUGAGUGAGAUCAUAACUUAAGGAGAACCACUAGCUUGCAGUAAAGCAAUUGACAUCACUAAAACUUGAAAAGAUUUUGACUCUGAUCCCAUUGAUUUCAAUCAUACUUCAGUUCAAAAAGAAGCUCCUUUUUGCAAAGCCUUUUAAUGGCUGCCUAUCCUCACCUCCCACUUUUAACCUUGUUCUUUUUCUACUUGGAUCACUUUUUGUUUGUUUUUUUAAGCAUUUUUGGUAUUGGGAAGAUGGUGAAAGAAGGCUGGAGAAAUACAGAUUUUGGCUGCAGCAGCAAAUCUACAGUAAAUCGUGUGACAAAGUUUGCAGUGGGAUUCUGCUUUAGCUGAUCCUAUUGUAGCUAUGUGUGCCUGCAUACAACAAGCAAGGUUUAUUCCACUUAGAUUCCAACUAGCUGCAGUUACAAGGUGAUGAACAUGGGGUUUUUGUGUGUGUCAGGAGAAACUUGGGAAACUGCAAGUCGCUUCUAGUGUGAGAGAAUUGGCCGUCUGGAAGGACAUUGUCCAGGGGAUGCCUAAAUGUUUUGAUGUUUUUAUCUUCCUUGUGAGAGGCUACUUGUGUCUCCGUAUGGAGCUGGAACUGAUAGAGGGGGCUCAUCCGUGCUCUCCCUGGUUUGGAUUCGAACCAGCAACCUUCAGGUCAGCAACUCAACCUUCAAGUCAGCAGUCAUGCCGGCACAAGAGUUUAACCCUCUGCACCACUGGGGGCUGUUAAAGUCUAUAUUUUAAUGUCCUUUCUCCAGUGUUCCUACCUUGUUCCUGGCUCAAGUUAAAACUAUGACGAGUGCUUUGUGGCAAUAACAUGUUCUUAACACCAGAGCUCUUCAGAAGAUGAGAAGGAAAGUCCAAUCAGAGAGUUGCCCUUGAUGUGGAGGUUGCAGCAAGUGUUUUGCUCUGUCUUUUUGGCUUAAAGUACAUCUAAAAUGUUCAGGGCCCCUGCUCAGCUCUGGAGAGUAAAAACGGUGGUAGCAAGAGAUUAUGAGCAUGAACAGAGUAAACAGGAGAGUAAGAAAUGUUAGCCUGGAAGGAACAACAUGGGCACCCAGAUCUCUCCUUUCACAUUCCCUGUUAGGAAAAUUAUCUGAUUUUGCUAAAUAUAUCCUUUCCCUGCUAAAAUGAGGGUCAAAAGGGAACAAGGAUGUCUUGAAAGAGUGGGCUAGAGAAUGAUGUCCUUGUUUCUACUGCUAGCAUCCAUGAGCCAUUGUUCCGCUGCUCUACUGAUCGAGAUGUAGAGGUAUACCUGAGUAAAUGAAAUACUGUAGAUGUGUUCUCUCCUUUGAAAGAAACUUUGGUUCUAGAGGCAGAAAUAACAUGGAAGGAAUAGGGAUAGGUUCCUACACCACCCAAAAAAGAGAGAGAUAAAGAAGAGCAGUUUAAUAAAGUUCAGCAAACUGUUUAUAGAGAACUAACAAGAAGCACAUGUGAAAUGAAACAACCUGGCCAAAUAAGCCUUACAUAAGUAAACAAAAACAUUUUCAACCUUUUGGAAACCACUUGAAAGGUUCUUCCAAAAUUUAUCCAGCCUCCACCUUUGUUAUGAUUUACAGUUUGGUGGCCAAACUUAAGGAUUUGUGCUCUAGAUAGAGCUGGUUCGGAAAGUUUAUCCAUUCUCUUAUUUUUGCCUUUGAUGUAUUGUCAGUAAUGGAUUCUGGAGAGACCUGUUGUUUAUCUUGCCUGUUGUGGACUGGUAUACACAACUAUAGUAAAAUUGGGUAGAGUUCCCUUUUCCCUAUUCUAUAGUUUACUGCAGAUACAGUUCUGCAACAAAGUCUGUGUUUCUCCAGCUGUCUUUUACUAUGUUUCCAAUGCUGAUGCUGCUCAAAACCAUUCGGCAAGACAGGAUGAGAAAAGAAAGCCUAGUUAAGCUUUGUAGAAAGGAGCUUCUUUGUCAGAGUCUUUAUUAACUGAGAUAUAUACAUAUGUGCAGAGUGUUCUACCAGGGAGGACACGAUUUAAAUGUUGAGGUUACUCUGUUGCAGGGCAAAUGUUCCUCCUUCUUUAGGCACAAAUACAAUUAAAAUUCUACACUAUCAACAUUUCUUCAGAAUUAAUGUUUUUUAGUAGAGACAUUUUGCAUCAGGACUUCCCAGCUAGUUGUAAUGAUGCACAUCUUUCGAAUUGGGUCCCAGUGUGCAUCCAUCCUAAUGUGCAGGGGUCAGUUCGUUAUAUCUUGUCCAUAGCAGCAUUAACAUCAGCCCCUUGCUGACAACAAACUUUGUGAAAUUGUCCAAUUCUAUUUCCUGCAGAUGUAAGUCCAUUUGCAAAGAACCAAGUCCCUAAUGAAUCCCAGCUGUAUUUUGCAGAAAUUGGAACAAAGCUGGAAAACGUAGGAUGACAGUGAGACAAGAACAAGGGCUAAAACUGUUCCUAGAAUUGUCUCAAGCCUGUUUAAUGGUUUGUCUGCUAUGUCUCAUCAUUUUCUCCACUAAAGUAUGAAUAGGGUUCAUUUUGUCUCCAGUGAUUUACUCUCGCCUUCCCACAAAUAUUUGACAUGGGCAAAGUGUAUUUGUGUGUGCAAGGUGUGUAUAUGUAACUUAUGGGACUUCACAGGCACUGGAAAAAUAUUUCCUUCUGCUGGGCUUAAACCAAGCAAUUUCCCUGGGUGUCCUUGAUUUUUGGCAUUAGAAAGAUGGAAAGAAGCACUCUGCUUCAGUGCACAAGUCGUAAUUUUGGGGCCCUUUCUCUACAAUUGUUUUUAAAUCCAAAAUGAACUGCUCCAAUCCUGCAUCUUUGAGGUGGAAACAUCUCAUCCUCCAGAUGUUUUGGUCUUGUAGUUCUUCUAGCUGGCUGCUGCUAUGUGGCAAUAUAUGUACUGGACGUAGUGCUGAGAAGACUUUGCUCUGUGAUGAAGCAACUCCUUCCCAAGCAGGAAGAUCUCAUGUCCCCUCCCUAGGGUUAGAAUCUUCAACCCAAGAGAAAUGCUGUCAGUCAGUAUCAAUACUAUUGGCCUAAAUGGACUUCCCAUUAGGUCCCAGGGUUCUUUAGUCUGGACACUAAUGUGUACAAACUACUGUUUAGCAGUCCAUCCGUUCCUCAGGAAACUAAACCUGAAUCCAAGAAGAGUGAAUUAAUAUCACAAUUCUUUAAGGGUAAAGCAGUACUGUAUGAUUUGGGAGGCAAACGAGGCACUAUUGUUCAACUGCAAGAAUUUAAUCUGAGUCCAUUGUUGUUUGUAUAGUGGGGAAAUGGUACACUUGUCAGAUGGUGCACCUGAUGAACCCAAUGAGAUCAGCUCAGGCAGGAGCAGGGUGCCAGGGCCGUCUGCAUAAACUUUCAUCAUCAUUGCCAUUCGUAGGGCAUUUGGACACAUACUCCCUGGGAAAUUUAUUUUGUAAAUAUUGCAGCCUAAGAUGAGCCUAGAUUUUGUAGUGAUGUAACUAUCAUGUUACUUUCUCUUCUUAAAAAACAACUGAUUAGUCAUCAGACUUUAGAUACUUUGUUUUUUCACACAUCCUGGAGGUUUCAUUCAAAUAGUUGUGCUAGACCAUGCCCCCUGAGAAACAUUGAGGAGGACAUCAAGGAGAGGGAAAGAGUGGACACUCCCUGGUAGAAGAAGACAAGAGAUAGAAGAAAAGGAUCCAGGAGAGGGAUGAAAGGGAGUUGAACAUACUAUCCUUUGGCUCUUAUAAUACAGUACAACCCCUGUAUCCAAAGUUUCAUUAAUCCUCUCAAAGAGUCAUUUCAAGGGGUUUUCUAGUUUUUCCAGCAAGGCUGUUCUUGGACUAAAAGUUCUUCAUUUCAAUAGGGUUCACUAUUACCUGCAGUUUUGUGUAUCCAGGUGAAUUCCGGGAACCUUUCCUCUACAUAUAUGGGGGAUUGUACUGUAUAUUAAUUCUCCGUGUAGCAUGCUCACAUUGUGUUCCUGAUGGUAUAGUGGAAUGAGUUCAAAAAGAGGAAUCUUGUAGGCCAUCUACAGUACAACUAUGCACAAGUCCAAAAGAUUCGGGAGGAGAUUGCAGCCUUCUAUGCAAGAACUCCAGAGGAACCCAAGGAGGUUUGAUGUGUAGCAGUUAAUUAUAUUAUUUCUACUUUGCAAAAACCAUUAAAAAAAAAACACCAGUUCUGAGCAAGACCAGAACUAAUAUUAUAAAUGAACCUUUAUUAAAGACACUUCAAUGCCAUUUGUUAGACACUUUCAAUAUUUUUACAAUGUACUUCUCAAUGUACAACAUUGUACCAAAACUUUUCUAAUAAAUAAAUAACUUUGUACACAAAAGUAAUACUUCCUCUUUCACAUUGCCUCUCAGAAGCAGCAGAUUCACAUAUUUAGUGGAAGUAACAUUAGAAUGAACAGUUAACCAUAUCCAAAAAUACAAUAUUUUUUUAAAAAAUGUCUAGGUGGCAAGUGUGCUUGGUGCUUAAUGUUUCCAACAGUGAUACCUCUUUCCUAUGCUUCUCUGUGUAGAUGUUCCACACUCAACCUAAAACUCCUAUUUUGCCACUCUUUAAAAGCUUAUUCUCUAACUCCACACCUACCCUCUGCUUUUUUUACAUUACCUUGAUGGAAAAGGCACCCUGAAUCUUUUUGUGUUUCCCCCAUGGCCAGUCAUUUAUUACUAGUCUUAAUGUGACUGAAUGGCUAUGAAUUGGCACCUCACAAAAUUAGCCACCUACCAGAAAGUGCAAGUGCAUCUCCUGUCAAGAAGUGACAGAGAUUGAUAGCUGGCUAAAUGUUGCACUGAGUCUUUGCUUUACAAUUGCACACCUUCAUCAAAGAGCGGAGAGAAGUUAGAGUUGUUUUAAUGGAGGUACAAAAUACAUGCUCUACCCAACUUCGGGGGGAAAUGUGAAAUCCGCUAGCUUUCUUGAUCCAGAAAAGCUUGGGGGGGGGGGGGACCCAAAACAA